AGGGACCCAUGGACUAGAAUUUGACCCACCCAGCAUCCCAUUGUUUUUACCUUCGCUACUUUUCGUUUUCCCUCCCUGGUGCAUAAGUGGAUGUACUUAUUCGUUCUGGAAAAGAACAAAAGAUGCAGAGUAGACGGAGAUACAUCACUUUCGACUACCUAGUAGAGCAAGUAACGCGAAAUCAUGCUGGGUAGUUUUCUAACAUCAGAAAAUGGAUCCAACAAUGAGCCACUUCGUCGCUCCCGACGUCUUCGGGAUAAGACGCUGUCGCAUGGCUUCCCGCCUGCGUUGCAGUAUGCGGCGUUACCGGGACUGUCCACGAAACAGAAUCUGGGAGGUUCAUCUUCCACCUCCAGCUCGAGUGCUUCCGCAGGCGCUCCUUGCGCAGCAGGUUCUGGAGCAGACCAUUCAGGCGGAGGAGCCUUGGUGUGCAAUGCCUGUCUCUUGCCUGUCGAGGAAGGGGACGACGUCACCCUGUUGGAAGGAUGUAGGCACUAUGGACAUCGAGAAUGCGUCCACAAUUGGGCUCAGAUCGACAACCGAUGCCCUCUAUGCCGAACGCGCUUCCGAAAAUGUGCUUUGUAUUGCUAUAAGCUUGGUCAUAAUUUGAUGGUACUAGAACAAGUGGCGAAUAUCCAGGAUGUGGACCAGGAUUUUGGCGCAGAUGCGCAAAGGGAGAGAGAAGAAUACGAAGGUCUCGACUUGUGCGUACACUGCCGUCGAAGCGGAGGCGCCGAUGAUGACGAGCCUAUGGCUGUUUGCCGUAUCUGUCGUGACGCAUACCACUUGUCUUGCUUACCGCCUAAUGUACGCAACAGUGUGCAAGAAGCAGGAGCAGUUGGCGGUGGGGCAUCGUCUUCAUCGAGCAGUGGUCCUGUUGGUGCUAGCAAUUUAGUAUCUGGCACCGGAUUGGACAGUCCUGAAGAAGAAAGACCCACUAGAAGAUUGGAGUUCGUCUGCAUUGGCUGCACGGAAAAACCGAAGCUGCCAGCUGGGUGGGCCGAUGAAGUUGGAAGUCAAUCAGCAUCUGAGAACUACCUAGAUGAAGCGGAGAAUGUAGAGGAGGAGGUGUUGAGACUAGAAAACGAUGUUGAUGAAGGUGUGAAAAGAAGGAGGUCGAUGUCACAGGAGGAAGAAGAGUUAGAGGAUGAAGAGUUAGAGGAGGACGACCGGGCUCUUCAGCUGGGAUCAAACAACAGCGUCAGAGUCAAGCUAGAACCUGAGGACGACGACGAUAUUGGGCCUGCUCCACCUGCAUCCACCUUGAAAAACGCGGCUGCGCCUGCAUCCUCUUCGUCCUCAACGCAAAACAUCAAGCCUCGGAAAAAGCGCAAAGUCGACCCACUUUUACCCUUUAUACCAGAGGACAGCGAUGGCUUCAAUAUGCCCAUUUUUGACCCUUUCGCUGACGAUACACCAAUGGCAACUACUAAUCCGAAGACAUCAGCACCAGCUUUUGGUACUGCUACUUCUUCAAGUGCUCCUUUCCCUGUUCUUGAGGCCCCUAAUGCGGACGCGGCUGCCUCAUCUACUCGACCUGAAGAUAAGGACGAAGACGACAUGAUGGCAUUCACGCUUGCGCCUGAUCUGUCUCUGGGUACGCCUCGUGGCGGAGUUUCUAAAGUCAAGUCGGAGCCACUACAAGAAGACAACAAGGAGGAAGAUGAAGCGAUCGAUUUGAUGGCAUUAGGCGGUUCGAGGCGUUCGCUCAAUCCGUUUGCGAACAGGAACAAAUUUGGCGCUGCUAGUGCUUCUUCAGCAAGUAGUAGCAGUUUUUUGAGUAAGAAGCCUGCUGCUCAAGAACAAGCAGUUGCGUCUCAGCUGCAACAGGCAGGACAUCAAACAUCUCCUCCAUCCUCUGCUUCACGGAUGAUGAACACGAACAUCAACGCAUCCACCACGUCCACCACACUCACCCGUGAGAUGCCUCGUUUUGUCAAGGGUCCCAACUAUCGGUUAGUUCUAGAUCUUGAGGCGCAAGCCGUGAGUGAUAGUAUGGCUCGAGAAUUUGCGAAGCGGAUAGACGCAGCACGAGUCAGUGACGGAAUCCGACAAAGAUUUCAUUCCGUGAUGCUCCCACAAAAUCGUCUAAGUGCAACCGGAGCCGCUGACUUUCUACGCGUGACACAGCCAACUCAAGUCCUGGAUCUACAGUACAAUCGCCUGACCGAUAGCGCCUUACUGGCUUUAGGAUUUCAGUUGCUGGAAUAUCCUUGUCCAGAGGUACGGUUGAGCUUCAACAAAACGUUAAGUGCAGGUGCAAUUGCUGGGUUCUUGCGGACACUGGCGUCGGCGGUUAUGAACGAAGAGCAUCAACAUGAUUAUAGUGAUACAAGAACUGGUGGACGAAAAGGAAAACAAGCAUUUUCAUCUACAUCUUCCUCAGCUUAUUUGGCACCUCGUCUUCUUGCGAAAACCGCCUCCUCGAAAUGGUGGGUCCCCUUGGAGGACUGUGCUAUUCGAGAUGUACCCUCGUUCCUACAGCGUUUAGAUGAAACAAUUCGAGGGGAUUUCGAAGCCUGCUGUGGGGGUAAUCGUAGAGAACCAAGCAGCUGGAUCUGCUUGGCCCUUGACACAGAAGCGUGCAAGUCUAGGAAAGAGAAUUGUGGCGCGAUAUUGCAUUUGCCAGGCAUAGCAGCGAGCAGUUUGAGAGAAGAGGCUGCAAUGCAGGCACAGAGAAAACAAAUGGCUACUAGAAGCAAAGGGCAAAACAGCAGUGACCCGUUCAACGGGAUGAAGAAUGGAAAGGCUAAAGGAGUUCCUGGCAAGGGUUUUACUAGCAUGACGAAGGGGGAAAUCGCUCUUGCCGCUGGGUUGGAUCUUCCACUCUCUUCGGGUACUAGUAAAGGCCGAGGAGGUGGAAAGGGAAAGAAGAUGAAGGGCAAACACUCACGUGAAAUGGAAAUCAAGCAGGAGCCGCAGAACGAUGGAGGGCCACAGAUCGACGAAACUGAUGGAUCAAUCAAAAUGCCACUCCCUCUAUCACUACAAGCCGCGAAGAAAGCUAGCACAACUACUCCUGGAGCUUGGCCUAGUCACAACUCAUCAGCUGCAUCACACAUGCAAAGUGCUGGUGUGCCUGGAUCUAGUCUCUUGAAUCCCGAAAGAGAUUUCAACAACGCUCAGGCGAGACCUCCGAGACAGUUGACUCCCUCUGAGAUUAUGGAGAGAAAGAUAGAGGCAGCUAAGCAGAAACGCAAACGAGAACGCGCUUCAGCGCAGAUGAAUCGCUUAGUUGCUGGUAUUCCAGCUGGUGUGGACAUGUUGGAAAGACAACGCGCAGUGAGGACUUUACGGGCUUUGCUUCAACAUGCGGUGGAGAAUGACGUACCCCUGUCAGAGAGGAGGAUAAACGACUUGGUCAAUGCGAAGACACGCGCCAACGAACGAGCGGCAGUCGCAGGGCAAUUUCGAAGAGGGGAAGCCGCAGUAGCUAGAAGUAUUCCCGUUUCUUUGUCUGGUGGUCCUUCUUCUGGGAGCUCAUUUUUGGGUGGUGCCCACGAUCCGUCUUCUACUAGUACGACAUCUACCAUCUUCACAACCGGUGCAGCAAAUAGGAUUAUGUCAACGAAGACUCGUCGAGGAGGAACAGGAGAGGUGACAAGCGUGCAAGGGAGUGCUCUUGGCGUCGGGAGUGGAGUAGGAGGAGGAGGACAGAGCUCUGAUCCUUUACUUCAGGGUUUCGAUAUGGACGAAUCAAGUCUUGCACUAUCAAAUAAACCGAAAAAGAAGACUCCUCUCGGUGGAACUCCUCCUGCCGACCAAGGACGUUCAGGGCUACUGCAACAGCAAGGCAUAGUAGCGUUGUUUGGAAGAGGCGUGAAGCAACAGAAGAAAGUUGAAGCAGCUGAAACGUCCUAUAGAAACGUCGUGAAGGGUUGCGGAAGCGGAGUAGACACCAUAGAGUACCAACCACGCCCAAAUGGAAAUGGAGAUGGUCCAGCAGCAGGAUCGCGCAAUAACAGCAGGGUGCCUUUCAAUACACGGGAAAUGAAGACGGUACGUGCUUAUUUGACAGAAAGGCUAAGGACGUUGAGCGGCAUUUUUCCUGUGCAUAGGGUUGUUGGAGCAUCUUCAAGUUCUACUACUCGAACUCGAGUGAAGCAGGAAGUGAAAGAAGAAGAAGACGGAACGGCAGCAAGUCGUGGGGUUGUUGUUGGAGCAUCUUCAAGUUCUUCUAGCUCCUCAUCUGCGAGACCGUUUAUAAAACAAGAGUACCAGCACAAGAGUUCUAAUAGCAUUAGCAGUAGAGGAAAGCAAAAUCUCAACGUCAAGCAAGAGCCGGGUACUGAAAACGAUCACAAUGGAAUUGGAGGACAGGCUUCAUCAAGCUCAUCAACUUCGUAUCAUACUGCAGCGGCCACGUCGACGUCUGCUUCAUUCAAGCCUAAAAAGACCGUAGACGUAACGUAUAAGAACACCACUGAUGCUUAUGAACUCGACAUUGACCAACUCGCUCCAGCCGAACAACUCGAGCUCGCCUCUGCCUUCUUGCCUCGACGCAUGUUGUUGCUCAACAAGGAUCCAGCUGCAGGUCAGUUUUUUCCGACUGAUUUAGACGAAUCGGAACGAAAAGAUGACGACUCGAGCAACAAACGGAUCUUAGCGCGCAUGGCACAGGGAUUGGGGCUGCAGGGUUUGUGUCCUGAAGAUUUAGACCAUGGCCCUAGAGGAUGUGAUUCUGAGGAAGAUAAAUUGUGGGACCAUUUGAACGCGCCACGUCUAGGUGUACAGCAUCAAGGAGGAAGCCUGGCGCUUUUAAAUGGCGUAGGUGCGCCUACGGGGUAUGUGGAUCAUGCUACGGCGAAGGCUCAAGCGCAUGCGCAAGCUAAUGGACUUGCCGGAAGUAGUGCUGGCAUAAACAGAACUGCGUCAACAACAUCGAGUGUAAUGAAUACUCCAAAUCACAGGGCUCGCCAGCACGAUCCUACCUACAAUAGUGGAGCAAGAGUCCCUCAAUCCGCGACGUCAAAUCGUGACACAACACCGAUUCGACGUCCUGGCGAUGGUCACCCAGAGAGUGUGACGCCUCAAGGAGCUCAAAUUUCUGCUACUACUCCAGACGGCCGACAACGAAAUGCUGGUCAUAGUGGUUACGGUAUGGGCCUCGCAUCCCGCAACGCCCUGCGGGCUGGUGCAGGUGCGCCUGAUUCCUCCAUGCUGGAUCGGGCGAUUGUAGUACCUGGAAGUAGUGAACAAUUGGCGAUAACCCGAUCAAAGAUAGGAGGUGGUGUGGUUCUUGCAGGUGGAAGUUGUGCAGGUGCUCCUAUGACACGAACUACGUCGAAUACCUCAGCCGCAGCCUCAAAUCCUGCUGUUCGUGUACUAGGAUCGACGGUUGCGCCGGUAUCAUCUCAAACAGCGCCAGCACGUAAGAACAAAUUUGCGAUCGGUGGCACAGGAAAUUCGGCUUCGUCGUCUUCAUCCGCUAUCCCUGUUGCGGGGCCUCGUGGCUUGGUUGGAGCCGUGACUAGUCAGAUGAACCCAAGUACUAUGCCUAUGGUGAGAACAGUGAGCGUAAACUCGACUCCAUCAGCAGCUGGAGCCGCUGCAUCGACAAUUAUACAGCGUACUUCCAUAUCGACAAUGUCAACAAGUGGCGCAAAACAAACAUCUUCCUCAUCUGCCGUAGGACAACAACAGCAGGUUUCCCCAGUAUCCCGUCUCGUCGGACAGACCUUCAUGCGUGAAGUUGUUGACAAAGUCAUCGCUCACAUCCAGAGGGAAUUUCUACAACACGAACUGAACAUGAUGAGGACAAGCCAGUUUCUAGCACAGACUACUGCUAUGAAUCAUCAACGCACUACUUUUGCAGGCGUCUCGAUAGACUCAUGGUUGGCAUCCAAUCCUGAGCGAAACGUGCCACGCCUCCGCGAAUUCGUCGCUCGGUGCGAGCAGAUGGAGGAAUUCCGCAGGGAAACUAUAGAGUACAAGAUGGCGCAGAUACAGAGCAAACAAAACAUCAAAGCAAGGAAACGAUGAUGCAGUAGUUCGAAGAACAUGCCCACAUGUAAAGAUUUUCCAUUUUGAAACUUUCGCACAACGCAUACCCAAUCCCAAUCUCUCCCUUCUCCAUGAUCUCGAGGUGGUGUAGGUCGUGAGCUACAUCAAAUCAGGAGAGCUUGUCGCGCAAAAGCUCUACUUUCUAAGUUGUACGUAGUGUUUAACUUUAAGGUGACGAG